AUGUCGUGGCCUGUCUCUCUCACGCAACUAUCGCUUGGUCAUAAAUUUAUCCAGCCCAUCGUCGCAGUGACGUGGCCGGCCUCCCUGCAACAGCUAUCAUUUGGAUAUUUCUUCAACAAGCCCAUCAUCGGAGCCAUGUGUUUCAACCGGCCGAUAGUUGGAGUGGUGUGGCCGGCCUCCCUGAAGGAGCUAUCGUUUGGGGAUGUGUUUAACGAGCCUAGCGUUGAUGUUGUGUCGCCGGCCUCUCUGAAGCAACUAUCACUAGGGGGAUUCAACCAGCCUAUCGUCGACGUCGUGUGGCCGGCCUCCCUGCAGCUGCUAUCAUUUGGUCGGUUCUUCAACCAGUCUAUCGCCAACGUCGUGUGGCCGACUACCUUGAAGCAGCUAUCGUUUGGUCAUAAAUUUACAAAAGAAUCGUUUGGCAGGCCUCGUUGCAGCAGCUAUCGUUUGGCGGUCGUUUCAACCAGCCGAUUGUCGGAGUGGUGUGGCCGGCCUCGCUGA